UGAUUUCAGACUUUCCGAGGCAACGAGCCGUCGCGGUGGUCCGACAUCUGCGCAGCUCCUGAAAUGGAGGGUCCGGCGGUCGUCACGGUUGCAGAGCUUGUCCAUGUCGGUCGGGCCGUCACCGGCGCAUCCUCUCUCUGCUUCUCAGCUUGUCGACCGAAUUCCCACUCAUCUUCUGUAUCAGGAGCUCGUUAUCCUCAAUCGCCGGCAUCUUCCGCCGAUUCAGAAGUUAUCUCUGAGGUUCUUCUGCCCUUUAACUAUACCGCGAUCCUUGUCGGGACACUAGCUCUUCCAUCGGGAACCUUAGAGUGUCCGAACGGUUACUGUCUCCGAUUCUCCGAUGAUAACUCGACCAUAUGUUGUGACGUCGUUGGCCUCGAAGUUCGCGCGAUUGGGAAGAAAGUCUGUGUUCUCGCUUGGAAUUUUCUUCCUAUGGAGCACGGUGGUGGGUUUUUGGAGAUCAUCAAGUGGAAGCUUCUGGAUACCGGUAAGUCACUAGACCGGUGUUCAGGUAUAGGUUCAUUUCCGUUGGAUACUUGUUCGCGUUCACGACAAAAAGGUGAUUCAAAGUCCCGUUAUGGCGUCCAUGGUGUCGUAGAAUCCAUCAGCCCCGUGUCCAUUGUUCCUUGUUCCAGUCGUGGUAGUGCUAAGUCGGAGGAUUCCAGUUGUCCUGUAAACCUUCGCGGAUUUUUAGUCAGUAUCAUGGCUUGUGAGUGUGAGCUAUGCAGUGCGAAACCAAUGUUGAAAUCGGUGGAUAAUGGUCACUCUUUUGCUAAACCCGUCUUUAUUUACUUCUGUGGUUCCAUGGCUGCCCGUUGGCACCCUGUGAUAACAAAGCUCGUUGGCAGUGUUGUUGCUUUAUCGGGCAUGAAGAAGAAGUUGGUUUAUGUAAGUAAAAGUGAUUCUCUGUUGGUGUUUGUUACAACUGAGAAAUCUGUUCUUCAUUUACCCCCUUUCUUAGAGAAAGGGCAUGGAUCUAAAACUGUUUUCAAGAAGAGAAGCAAGUGCAGAUCCUACCUCGGAAUUGUAAAAGGUGUCUUCAUGGGAGGGAAACUUGUUGAACUGGAUGAAGAUGUUUGGCUUUUACUAACAGACCGGACACAUCACCGGCCCCACAGUGUUCGAGCUGGUUCUCUUAUUCAUGUUAGAAAUGUGCAUAUUGUAAAUACCAAAUUUCCCUGCGGAAAAUUGCUUAUACUUGGGGCGUGCUUCAGGACCAGUAUCACAGUUGAGGAUUUUUCUCCUUUUGCGACGUGUUGUCUUAUAGAGUCUCAUAGGCAGAGUUCUCUGAGACAGUUCAUCGAUUCAUUGUCAUUUCCUGCAAGAUUUUGGGCAUUACUCGUCAUGUCAUGCUUCCAGAAAUUAUCUGAAAAGGAAAUCUUUGGGUCGUAUCAGACGGAUGAGGUGAUGAAGAUAUAUGUAGAGUCACAUAUACCGUCGUCUAUGUUUCAACCUAGGCCUGGGCUUUUUCCAGAAUUCUGCAUGCGUGAAUCAUGUGGCCCGAUCUGUGAGCCUCAUGAUUGCAGCCUGAAAUUGGUGAUGCCAGUCUCAAGUUUCAUCCAACACUACAAUGCGAUGCUGAAUGAAUGUCUUGUACGUUUGAAGAAAGAUGGCAGUGUGUUUGGUACUAAUAAUUGCUUUAGCCAUCCAUCAUCUGUGGAGAAGAGAUAUGGUCUUUCAACCAUAAAGAUUCUUAGAAGUGAAGAUAUCGGUGUCAUCUUGCUUGGACGAUUAAAGAUUUCAUCUUCUUCCGGAAGACUACAAUUGCAUGACGGAAUUGCCUACAUUGAUGUUCUGGUGCCAGACCUUCCGAGUAAUUUGAGUGCCAGCAAAAUAUAUGAGGUUGCUGAUUACUGCCUCAUUAUUGAGGGCUCGCCUGAAAUUAUGCUUCACCUGCCGUCUCUUUGCAAGCCCUUUUCCUGCAGAAGUGUGGCUAGUCACACUCCGUCAAUUGUGGAAAGCACCUUGCCAGUGUGUCUUUCCCUGUGCUUCAGUUCUGCAGGUUGCAGAAAUGUUCUCUUGGAUCCUUCGUUAGGCUGGAGAAAUCAUCUCAAUGAGCUCGAUGGUGGAUCCUUUCAUAUAUUUAGGGUGACCCACAAAUUUCCAGUACUGCAAAACGUUGGUACAGUGAUGCCAAAGAGUUCUUCUGUUUUCAUAGAGGCUAUAAUUUUCCCAUGGGAUCUCGUUUGCUCUGCGGUUAAUGGAGACAUGGCUCCAGUGCAACAUCAUGAAGGCAUAACUUCCCCAGAAAAACAUCCAAGAAAGAGAUGUAAAACUGGAGAUACAUCACAGAGGGAACUAAGAUCGUCAGUUCCAAGUAUUGCCCAUGAAAUUUCCUGUCAGGUGACCAUCAGAACUUCUAGUAAUCACAGUUUAGUCACAUCAGGAGUUCUGUGUAAUGCUAAGAACAACAGAAGCAGUAACAAACAGAGUGUUAAAAGGGUCCUGCUGGAAUUCAUUUCUGAAUGGGAAAAGUAUUAUGGGUUGCAGAUUGGUCGGUGCUACUUGAUGAAGCAUAGCACAGAAGAUUCUUUUUGUUUUGGUCAAUCUGCCAUAUUUAACAAUGACAAAAUUAUUUUUAGACCGAAAACACAUAUCUGGAGCCUGGACUUUAUCUUUGAUGAAGUUCACACACAUGGCAGAUCGACAGAUGAUUCCCCAUUAACCAAUGGACAAGAUAGAAGUUCGCCAACUCAACCAAUGGAGCCGCAAUCGAAUUUUUCGAUCCUGCAACCUUGUUCAGAUGUUUCACUUCGUCUCUCUAAAGAUGCAAGGGGACUCUUUUCUGUAUAUCUCAAAGACUUGGAAGACCUUAAUAGGCCAGUACCAAUGGAGAAAGAAGUUUUUGCUCGGGGAACAAUGACCACACAUGGGUGGACUUCUAUGACUUCUCCCUCAAGCAGUGUGUUUCCUGAAGGAAAUUUAGCAUCAUUUAGCGGUGAUGUAGUAGCAAUCAAUACGGAUGAGACUUCUGUCACUGGCAUUUCAACUGAGUAUUGCAUUCAUCUUCUAGUCAAUCAACAAAACCAGGUAAAGGUUUUUGGUUCACUGAGCAAGCAUUCGUACCUCACUGCAUUUGGUCCUGGUGUUAAUGCAUCAUUCUACAGGAUUCUUGGACUGAGGGAGAAACAGCAGUUUCUGCUGCUACCAGCAUCUUUCAUCAAAGUAAACUCGCUAAAAGCAACUGACCAACCGGUCACAAAGGAUCCGACUGGUGUAGUUUCUUCAUGUUUGCCCAGCGAUGUGUCCCUCAAAGGCGCUUUAAUUUGUGAUUUACUAGCAGGAGACAAGGAUAAUCAGGCAGUAAACUUGAGCUGCAAGGUUAUCUUGGUUCAUCUUUUGAUCCUCCAAAGGAGUUUAAAUAGUGAGAACCAAUCUGGACAAAUUAUCGACAUUCCACUUGCCGGAUUUGUGAUAGACGAUGGAUCAUCCACUUGUUUAUGCUGGGCAAGCGGGAAAAGGGCGUACACACUUCUAAGGCUGCAUGAAGAGAUCCCUCAGAAAGCCAUUUACAGUGAAACAUGGAACAGAAGGGACAGUGGCCGGAGAAACCUGUCGUACCAUCUCGAAGGAAUUCUUCGGAAGCACAACAAACUUGUGGUGAAGAGCAAGGGAUUACAGGUUGAUACACUUUUUCAAGAUGUCACAAUCUCCGUUGGCUCAAAUCAGCCUCUCACCGACUCAGAUGAUAAGUUCAUCAAGCACCUCUUGCUAAACGGCAUCAGUGGCCCCAACAUUUGGACUGUUAAGGCGAGGCCUAUGGACGGGGAAGCGAUAAGGAGGGUGGAGAGGGAACAGUGCGUGGGCAUGAAAACGACAAAGCUUCCGUUGCCGAAUGUUUGGGGAACUGAAGUGUCGAGAUUGGAUCCCUUGGCCCGAGCCAAUACUUUGCUUCAUGGUUUGCUUAACAGGUGAGAUAGUAUAGUAGUACAUAUUAUCACCGCCAUUCACGUGAUUGCGUUCGAGUUCGCGUUCGCGUUUGUCUAUCAAUGAUUCCACCAAACUCGAGUCUGUAUAACAGCGUUUGUAAUUGUAAUUGCGUUCUGGUCCAUGAUUGCGUCUCUUUACCCUUUUGUUAACAAAAAAUGCUUUCCCUUUUUAUCUUUGGUGUAUCGUUGAUGAUUGUGUGUAAAAAUUAUUACAACUCCAAUUUUUGUUUAGUUAAUUAAA